AUGCGGGAGCUGGACUGUGCCAUGUUGCGGCGCUUGGAAAAGAGGAUUCUUGUUGAUCUCCCCAGCCAAGAGGCCAGGAAAGCCAUGAUCCACCACUGGCUGCCCCCUGUGAGCAAGAGCCAAGCCUUGGAGCUGCACACAAAGCUGGAGUACGAUGUCCUGAGUCAGGAGACAGAUGGCUACUCGGGCUCAGACAUUAAGUUAGUCUGCAGGGAAGCAGCCAUGCGGCCAGUGAGGAAGAUCUUCAGUGCUCUUGAAAAUCACCAGUCAGAGAGCAGAAAUUUAUCUGGGAUCCAGUUGGAUAUAGUGACCACAGCUGACUUUUUGGAUGUGCUAGCUCACACCAAGCCUUCAGCAAAGAAUCUGACUGAGAGAUACUCGGCCUGGCAAAGAGAGUUCGAGUCUGUUUGA